AACCGAUGCGGCGGUGUGAUCGGUAAACAGUCUAGCCAACAUGGCCACCUCCAUGAGGAAAGCUGCCCACGAUAUUGAGACGCGAAAGCGGACUGACGACGUGCUGUUGUCGGAGGGGAUCGACUUCGGCUCGCUGCUGCUGUCCCCGGCCGUCCUGCAGGGCCUGGCCGCCGCGGGCUUUCAGAAACCCUCCCCGAUCCAGCUCAAAGCGAUCCCGCUGGGCCGCUGUGGACUCGAUUUGAUAGUGCAGGCCAAGUCUGGCACGGGGAAGACGUGUGUGUUCUGCACUAUCGCUCUGGACUCUCUGGUCCUGGAGAACCACACAACACAGGUGUUAGUGCUGGCUCCUACACGUGAGAUAGCGGUGCAGAUCCACUCAGUGGUGAUGGCCAUAGGCAGCGCCAUGGAGGGCCUGGAGUGCCAUGUGUUCAUCGGCGGCAGGCCUGUGAGCCAGGACAAACCCCAUCUGAAGAAGUGCCACAUAGCUGUGGGCUCACCAGGUCGCAUCAAGCAGCUUAUAGAGUUGGGGAUGUUGUCCACAGCCAGCAUCAGGCUGUUUGUUCUGGACGAGGCAGACAAGCUAUUAGAGGAAGGCAGUUUCCAGGAACAGAUCAACUGGAUCUUCUCUUCUCUGCCUGUGAACAAACAGAUGCUUGCGCUCUCGGCCACCUACCCAGAAUCCCUCGCUCAGCACCUUGCCCGCUACAUGAGAGAGCCCACCUUUGUCAGACUUAAUCCCAAUGACCCAGGACUCAAAGGUUUGAAGCAGUAUUACAAGCUGGUGCAGUCCCAUGCUCUACCUCACAAGAUUUUCGAGGAAAAGGUGCUGCAUUUGCUGGAGCUGUUCAGUAAAAUCCCGUUCAACCAAGCGCUGGUGUUCUCCAACCUGCACACAAGGGCUCAGCACUUGGCAGACAUCCUGUCCUCCAAAGGUCUACCUGCUGUGUGUAUCUCAGGUGGUCUGAGUCAGGACCAGAGACUGGAGGCCAUGUCAAAACUGAAGCAGUACCAGUGCAGGGUGCUCAUCUCCACUGACUUGACUUCCAGAGGUAUUGAUGCAGAGAAAGUAAACCUAGUGAUAAACCUUGAUGUGCCCCAGGACUGGGAGACUUACAUGCACCGCAUCGGACGGGCCGGGCGCUUUGGCACUCAAGGGCUGGCGGUGACCUACUGUUGCCAUGGUGAGGAGGAGAACAAGAUGAUGGCCAUUGCCCAAAAAUGCAACCUCAAUUUGACUGCAUUACCAUCCCCCAUAGAGCCUGGGUUGAUGGAGGAGACAUGUGACUGGGAUGUCAGUGUUGAGGCCGCCGCUCCAGACACCAUUCCCAAGCUUUUCUCAGGGACAGAGAAGAAGAGACUGGCCAAGACUGAGGCCACCUCCUCCAGGGGACAGGAACCCAGUUCUGCUUCAUUAAAGGACAGUGGACCAAACAAGCCAGAGAGGAGACAUGCUGCACCCCAACCGCGAGUAAAGGGUGAAAGAAAUCCUCAAAAAGUAUCUCCCACAAAGGAUACGCUCUCCACCACUCCUCGGGCUCCAGCUAAUCCUGACACCUCUCUGCCUCUUACUCGUAAGGAGCAACAAGAGGCUCUGCCGAAGAUCCCCCCACUCAGUUGCUUCAAGAAUCACGGGUCAAGGAUUUUGACCUUUGAAGAGGCAGAGUCAGACUUCCACAGCUUCAUUACUAAAGGGUUGGGGAGAUCGGUGGAGGUGAUCAGGCAGUUCAGGGGUCAAGGAGAUGAGGAUGGUGUCAGCGACCAGCAUGGAUACAGAGAGGUGCUCACGCUUGGCGAUGACAGACCUCACACUCUUACACGGAUGCAAAACAGGGAACGUCAGGACACUAACCUGUCCCAUCCAAGGUCAUCUUCUGGUUCUUCAAGCUCAUACUCUGACAAGGAGGACAGCCAGCAGGAUGAUGAGACACUUGGAGGCUUACAGACCAGAGGAGGUAAAAACCGAGCUGUUACCGUCACCCAGCCAGCUCAGAGUGAAGCUAGGCAUGAAUCCAGCAUGGCCAAACCAAGGCUAGCCCCCUCUAAAACCAAAGCUCGUAUUCCUUCUGUGCCUGAGAUGUGCCAUGAGACAACUUGUGCACCUAAGGGGAGAGCUUUCUCCCAGCCUCAGAACAAUGGAUUUUCACCAGAUAUUAAUGAUAGUUGGCAGACAAACUGGAGGGUUCCAGCAGCAACUGGUAGAGAUGAAUGGAGUGAGAUGAAUGGGGAGGUUUGGAAACAGAGUAAAAAUGUCUCGGAUAUGUCUCGGGAGCCAAAGGCAAAAAGGGAUGAAAUGAUUGACGAAGAAGAGGAGCAGGAGGAGGAUGAGGAGGAGGAGGAAGAGGAUGAGCGGAGCACUGAAAGUUAUUGGGGAUCCUAUUACAGAGCUUGGGAUAAUUACUAUGCCUCCAUGCUCCCCCCUCAGCAGCAUGGUUACCAUAGUUACUAUAGUCUAGCCCACAAUUGGAUGGCAGCAUAUCGUAUGAAUGCUGUCUACAUUCAAGAACUGCUGAAACACUGACCGGUCUGUGGGGUUGGCAUUUGAGAUGCCAAAUGAUGCUGUCUUUAUACAAAGAACUAAAUCCUAAGAACUGAACCAGAGCCUAAGAAUUUGUCUGAAUAUCUGUUGUAAACAUGAAUUUGGACAAAAGUACUCAACUAAUUUUUUUUUGCAGUUCUGGCUUUAAUCAUCUGAAGGUAGUCCUGAACUGUUAGUACUGGCACUUCAAUUCUCU